AUGUCCCUUUUUGGAACAUCAUCUCUUGCCUCUCGUAGUUCACAUCCUGGUUCAUCCAGCUCUGUUAGCGGGAGUGAGGUCGUCAUUGCCUCGGGUGCAAUUGUGACUGCCGGUGGCACGCCCAACUCAGUGACGUCCAACAGCACUUACAUCAUGCCAAACUCACCUUUGAAGAGGCUAGGCCUCGCCGACGGCUACAGACCGCGAGUCACCCGUACUCUAGGAAACCGCCCGGCAUGCCUUGUCAAUGCCUCUGUUACCCAUUGCGGAAACAACCAAAUCUUUGCCUUCGGAGGAUUUGACCAAUAUACUGACGAGGUUUACAAUCACGUCCUGCGGCUAGAUCUUGCCACAAACCAAUGGAGCCUUGUCCCCAACUUUGGCGAUAUCCCAGGGGUCCGUAUGGGUCAUACUGCAACUUUAUAUCAGGGCAACAAGCUCCUAGUCUUCGGCGGCGAGAACGAACACCGGGCAUACCUUUCCGACCUCAUAAUCUUCGACCUCGAGUCUGCCCACUGGACCAAACCCCAGGUCUACGGCCACAUUCCCAAGGGUCGCGCGCGUCAUGCUGCUGUGCUUCAUGAAGACAAGCUUUUCAUAAUUGGCGGCAUGACCGGCCGAGACAACUACGUACUCGACGACAUCUGCUUUCUCGACUUGAAGACAUUCACAUGGUCUCGGUCAUGGAGAUUUGUGGCACGUUUCGACCACUCUGCAUAUAUCUGGGGCGAACGGGUUUGGGUUUUUGGCGGGCUGAGUCAAGAGAUGGAUAAGGUUGGCGAACUUUGCUGGCUUGAUCUCAAGGGCAAUCCAGCAUUCGAGUCGUCGCCUCACAUGGGUCCGCACUCGGGCAAUUGCCGAGCCAUUGGCUCACCACGAACGCCUUACUCGCAAUCAUCUGUUGUCGGUAGUUCAGGCUAUGCUGCCAACUCCCGAACAGCGCAGGUCAACCCACCCUCAUUCCAGCUACAGUCUUACUCGCCCAUGGCACCGGGAGCCAUCUCCUCUCUGAAGUUCACCUCUGGGCAGAAUAUUCCAUCCCAAGCCCAAGGCUCCCACUUCCACGUUUACUCGUCGGGCACCUUGCUUGACUUCCAGACGCCAGCCGCCACGACAACAUCCAAUCUUUGUUCCCUAUCAGCUCUGGAUCUCGGUGCCCUUCGUUGGCAGAAGCUUGCCGAAGGCCAGGAGGUAUUCAAGAUGGGAUACCGAUGGCACUACUGCACGAUGAACGGCGAGGGCACUAAAGCGUGGCUCUUAGGCUGCACUACAGAGCCUGCUCCCAACGAUCUAGGGCCUAACGGGUCUGAGGAAUAUCUCAGCGAUAUCAUGGAGAUCGAUCUUUGCCGGUACGGUUUCUUAGGAAACAGCUCCCCGGUAGAUUUACGGAGUGAGGCUCGUCGAUCGGUUGCCAGAGUUGUCGAUCAGCCGAGCCGUGGACUCGGCGCCGACCUUGCCAAGCUUUUCAACCAACCUUCCGAAAGCGGCAGCGGUACUGAUUUUGUAAUCACCGCGCUCUCUAGUGAGAUCGAAGACCACGAUGUAUUUGCCACCAGCCUUACCCACGGUGGUGAUGCCUCCGACGAAACCUGGCUCUCAGCCGACGCCCCAACAUCUGGACCGAUAUAUGUGCAUAAGCUGAUCCUUCAAGCACGUGUCGUCAAAGCCUUCCUUCUCUAUCUCUAUACCGACAACAUCCACGGGACUACCGAUGAGGAGAGUGGUGCUGUCACGGACCUUUCGGACGUCGCCGGCCUGCUAGUGAUGUCCAAUAUCUAUGCAAUUCCACAUCUACGCUUACUUUGUGUAAACAGACUCUCCAAAGAGCUCGAUGUUGAUCAUGCUUGCAUCAUCUGGUACUGUGCCGGGCUUGCAAACGAAGAUUGGCUGCGGAAGCGUGCAGCCUCCUUUUGUUUGACCCAUUGGGGCCGCGUGGAGGUCGAUAUGGAGGGCAGGGUCGUAGGUGGCGAAGAGCUCGAGUUUGUCGAAGGCCUCAAGGGUGCCGGUUAUGGCGAUCCUAGUUCCCUGCGAGUUCGUAAGGCGAGCGUGAGCAGUCAGCAAACUCAACUUGUUGAGUCGGAAUUAGAGGAUGACGAUGGCAUGGAGAUGAGUUUAUGA